AUGAUGUUUCACGGCUUGAAUAUAAACAGAAUGUGGAUGGCAAGCAUGAAAAGCAUGGACUUGCUGAUUGAGAAAAUCAAUGAAUUGCAGGAUAUAUGCAUGGAAAACAACAUAGCAAGCAAGAUGGAUCUUCCGCAGAUAGUGGUGAUCGGAAGCCAGAGUUCUGGAAAAAGCAGUGUGCUAGAGAAUAUUGUUGGAAGGGACAUUCUUCCAAGAGGAACCGGAAUAGUUACAAGAAGGCCAUUGGUUCUGCAGCUCAUCCACAGCAGUACAGAGGAUUAUGCUGUUUUCAACCAUGCACCAGAUACAAGGUACACUGAUUUUGAGGAAGUUAGAAAAGAGAUAGUGAAUGAAACCAGCAGGAUCCUCAAGUCGAAGAACGAUGUGUCACCACUACCCAUUACGUUGAAGUAUUACUCUUCAAAGGUGUUGACAUUGACAUUGGUUGAUCUCCCAGGCCUGGUGAGAGUGCCCACCAAUGAUCAGCCAAAGGACAUAUGCGCGAAGAUAUCUGAGAUAUGCAAGAAGUAUGUGUUGAACAAGAAUGCGUUGAUACUUGCGGUGUCAUCUGCAAACACGGACAUAUCGAAUUCUGAUGCUCUUCAGCUUGCUAGGGAGGUUGAUCAUGGGUAUGAAAGGACAAUUGGUGUUCUUACGAAAAUCGAUCUGAUGGAUAAUGGUACCGAUGUUGUUGAUGUGUUGGCAGGCCGUGUGAUAUGUCUUAGGCUGGGGUUUGUGCCUGUGGUGAACAGAAGCCAGCUGGAUAUAGAAAGAAGCAAGGGCAUUCAGCAGUCUCUAGAUGAUGAGGAGGCGUUUUUUGCAACGCAUGAAUCAUACAGGAGAAACAAGGCAUACUGUGGAACACGGUAUCUGAUAUCAAAGCUGCACAACAUUCUUCACGAGCAUAUAAGACAAUGUCUUCCUGAGCUUCAAGAAAAGAUAUCCAAUGGAAUUGUUCAGGCACAGGCAGGCCUUCGGGAUCUUGGAAAUGUGUCGCUGAGUCCGAAGGAGAAUGUAAUGAGGAUAAUCAAUAGCAUUUCAAGGCGGUUCAGUGACAUUCUUUGCGGGAAUCUUGAGUCGAAGGGAAACGAGCUGAUGGGAGGAGCAAGGCUCAGCUAUGCAUUCAAUCACCACUUUGCAAGGUUCAUAAGUAAGCUGAAUGCAUUUGACAAUAUUCAAGACGACCAGGUGAGGGCGCUGCUGUACAACUCAAGCGGAUCGUCAUCUGUUGUACUGUUUGGCCAUGGGGCGUUUGAGAAGCUUGCGAAACAGUCUGUUGAAUCUUUCAGAAUGCACAGCCUGAAACUUGUGAGCAUUGUGUUUUCUGAGCUUGUGAGGAUGGUCAAGCAUAUUGUGAAUGUGUCCAUAAUGGCAAGGUAUCCGGUUCUUGGAGAGAAGAUAAUUAACAGUGCUGUUGCAAUGCUGAAGGAGCGGAGCGACACAACACAUCGCCUUGUAGAGGCAUUUGUUGACUGGAAUACUGCAUACAUCAGCACGAAGCAUCCUGACUUCAUCAAAUGGAGUGAAAUGCUGCCAAAGGAAUAUGAAGGUGCCGUGGAUGGCAGAAAAGCAGAGAAGAUUGACUUUUACAAGGGAACGGAUAGCAAGGCGGUUCUUGAUUCAAUUCCAAAUGUGCUUAGGAUUAGGGAUGGACUGAGUGGGCAGGAAGCAAUGGAGAUGAACAUUAUUAAAUCAAUGGUAGACUCGUACUUCGAGAUUAUCAAGAAGACUGUUAUUGACCAGGUUCCGAAAGCAAUCAUGUGUGAGCUUGUGAGGAAGUCGGAAAGCCAAAUGCAAGAGGUGCUCUUCAUGGACAUAUACAGCAGAGAAGACCUAGAAGAAAUAGCAUCUGAGUCUGAAGGAAUCAAGGCAGAAAGAGCCGGGGUUGAGAUGACACUUAGGGCUCUUAAGCAGGCAUAUGAUAUAAUAUGCUCAUUAUAA